AUGUUUUUCAUCUUUUUCCUGGUAACCGCAGUUAUUCUAUUUGGUGUUCUUAUUGCAACUGCUUAUUUAACAUUUCUUGUACGACAUUCGAAUCAUUCCAACAAGAACAAAGAGAAAAAACAUGAGGUAAAAGGGGUUUUUUUGAGGUUUCAACGAAAAAUCUUAUUUUUCAGGUAAAAACUUUGGCAGUUCUUGGAUCUGGAGGGCAUACAACAGAAAUGCUCGGAUUGAUUAAAGAGUUAGGCUCAAAAUAUAAAAAUCGUGUGUAUAUAAUUGCGGAAACGGAUAAAAUGAGCGAGGAAAAGGCUCGAAGUUUGGAUGGGGAAUUUUUUGAAAUUCGAAAAAAUUCCAAGAAGUCGAGAAGUUGGUCAAUCAUACAUUUCAUCAAUUUUCUCAACAAUUUAUGCAACAUAUUUUGCAUUCGAAGUUGUCUACAGAAAUCGGUGAGUUUUUCAAAAAUUUUACUGAAAUUAAAGAAUUUUGCAGACCAGAUCUAGUUCUUCUCAAUGGUCCAGGAACUUGUAUUCCAAUCGCAUUCGCUGCCGCAUUUUUUGAUUUGAUUCGCAUUUCCGACACAACAAUCAUUUAUGAAGAAUCGAUUUGUCGAGUCAACAAACUUUCAAUGUCCGGAGCAAUUUUGUAUUAUUCGGGACUGAUUGAUGAUGUUUUGGUGCAAUGGCCUGGUUUAAAAGCUAAAUAUCCAAGAUGUACAUAUAUUGGAGAUUUGAAAACUUGUGAAUAA